CACUCACUCAAACCCUCCAUUUCCUCUGGUUUUUUCUCUGCUUCUUUGACCUUGAUCUACUCUUUCUCCUCUCCGGCAACGCUUCUGUUUCUCUCUCUAGAAUCAUGCUUCUCAAAGCCUCUGCAGCCUCCUCUCACUUGCUCGCUCGCGGGGACAGUUUUGGUCCUCUGUUUUCCUCUGCGCCGUCGUCGCCACCGCCGCCCAUUUCGUACUCGUUCUCGCCUCUGAACUCCUCCACGUCUCUGUCUUCGAUUCUCCGGUUCCCUUCGGCGAAAAAUGAAAGUGGGGUCGUCGUCAGCGCGUCGAAGAAUGCGACUAACCGGCCGCUUACCGGUGUGGUUUUCGAGCCGUUUGAGGAGGUGAAGAAGGAGCUCGAUCUCGUUCCUACUCUCCCACAAGUCUCUCUGGCCCGCCAGAAGUACACUGACGAAAGUGAGGCCGCCAUUAACGAGCAGAUCAAUGUGGAGUACAACGUCUCGUACAUAUACCAUGCCAUGUACGCCUAUUUCGAUCGGGACAAUGUUGCUCUCAAGGGUCUUGCCAAUUUUUUCAAGGAAUCGAGUGAGGAAGAAAGGGAUCAUGCUGAGAAAUUUAUGGAAUACCAGAAUAAGCGUGGUGGAAGAGUGAAAUUGCAGUCUAUUCUGAUGCCUGUGUCUGAGUUCGAUCAUCCAGAGAAAGGAGAUGCUUUGUAUGCAAUGGAGCUUGCAUUGUCUCUGGAGAAACUGACAAAUGAAAAGCUGCUCCACUUACACAGUGUUGCUGAGAAGAACAAAGAUGUGCAGUUAACAGAUUUUGUUGAAAGCGAGUAUUUGACCGAGCAGGUGGAAGCCAUCAAGAAAAUCUCUGAAUAUGUUGCUCAACUAAGGAGAGUCGGAAAAGGACACGGGGUCUGGCACUUCGACCAGGCGCUGCUCAACUAGGAUGCUGUUGCUGCGUGAUGAUGAGUUUGUCCCCGUUCUUUCUCGGUAACCAGUUUGAAAGUGGUCGUAUGCUGUCUGUUGUGCUGAUUGUAGCUGUUUAGGGGUUUUGAUUAUAUUGGGACAAAUUUUAGUCGAGUAAGUUGAAUGCAGCUUGUGAACUACUUAUCCUUUCUAUUAAUGCAACCGGCACACUGGUUUUUUUUCCUAA